AUGGCAAGGACCAAGCAAGCCGCCCGUGAGAACACCGGCGGAAAGACUCCGCGUAAGCAGUUUGCUACCAAGGCUGCUCACAAGAGUGCACCUGCCAUUGGUGAGGUUAAGAAGCCGCAUCGCUAUAGGCCUGGGACGGUGGGCCUUCGCGAUAUUCGCCGCUACCAGAAGUCGAGAAGUCAUCUCAUCCGCAAGCUGCAGUUCCAGCGCUUCGCGAGGGAAAUCGCUGAGGACCUCAAGACCGACCUACGAUUCCAGAGUUCAUCUGCGCUGGCCCGCCAGGAGGCCAGCGAGGACUACCUGGGCGGUCUCUUCGAGGAUGCCAAGUUGUGCGCCGUCCACGACAAGCGCGUUACCAUCUCGCGGAAGGACAUCCAGCUGGUCCGGAGCAUCCGUGGCGAGCGUGCGCAAGUACGGCCGCUGUUUGCGCCGCAGCCUUGGUCAGGAGAGCUACUCGAAACGGUAGGGGCCAGUGAGCUAUGCAAAAAAUAA